AUGUGCUCGUUGGUUAUGGAAGUAGAUGGCCUUCCACUAGUUGGAUAUGUUGCACCAGAUUUUGAAGCCGAACUAACAGUUUUUGAUCAAGAAUUCAUCAAGGUUAAGCUCUCUGACUACAUUGGUAAGAAAUAUGUCAUUUUCUUUUUCUACCCUCUUCAUUUCACUUUCGUUUGUCCAACAGAAAUCACUGCAUUCAGUGAUAGACAGGUAGAAUUUAACAAGAAAAACACAAUAUUGGGUGUUUUAGUAGACAGUGUGGUAAAUUCUAAUUCUUCCUUUACCCUGAUUUUUUCUUAA